AUGAAGGAACUGUUGGUUGUUGUAUCUCUUCUGUGGGGCGGUGCUCUCGCUGAGGCACCAGCUCCCUACGCGCCCAGUGGGUGGCGCCCUAGCGGUCCAGCGUUCGAGCUGCCGACAAAAGAACCGACAGAGCUCCCUCAGAGGCCUGAGUACUUGCCGCCCGUCGACCCUCGAAACAACAGGCCCUUGAGCCCCGACGUCGACGUCUCGGUCCAAGGCCUGCCCGCUCAGGAGCAGUUGCCAGUGUUCCUGGUCUCGCCGGUCAAUGGCCAGCAGUACGUGGGGCCGAAAUUCAACUCCGACAUUAAAGGCCUGGAGCGAAACUUCCAUCAGUCCCAGUUCCAGCUUCAGCAGGAGAAGGCGCGCCAGUUUUCGAGACAGCAACAGUUUCCGGUCGGCGCGAACGCGGCGAGCGGCCUCCCGAACCCACAACCACCCAAGCAAUUCGUCCCACAAACCGCCGUUACCACCACAUCACCGAGACCGAAGGAGGCCGAGCCGACUACGGAACCAAGCACAAGGGAGGAGAAACUGGACGAUGAGGACUCAGCGCCGCAGAGGGGGAAGACCUCGGUCGAAGUGUCCAAGCAGAACCUGCAGGAGUACCCGCCUGAGCUGUUCCUGAGCUCGCUGGCGCAGCUUCAACUGCAGCCCCAAUUCGUGCCGCUGCAGCAAUUCGGACAGAUCAGGGAACAGGUCUUCUACCAAUCGACGCCAGGGCAAGCACCCGAAAAGCAGGUAGAGUCUGGAUAUGAUGGUCCGGCGCAUUUCGCUGCACUGCCUUCAGUCUUAGCACAAAAUCAAUUGGCACGCCAGCAACAGCCCCUUAUCCCAGUUCAGCAAGCUUUCAUUCAGAAUCCAGCACUUGUCCCCCAAGGUCAGGAGCAACCAGCAAGUCCAAUAAUCGUAUCAACCCCCAGCCAAGAGCCCUUACCCCAGUAUCAGCCGGUCGUCAAUCAGUAUCAGCCCCAGCUGAACCAAGCACCGCAGCCGCAAUAUCAGCCAGCUUUCAACCAGUACCAGCCCACCGUGCAAGGUCAAGUCCUCCAGGGGCCUUUGCCACAAUAUCAACCAGCUGUGGGCCAGUACCAACCAGCCGUGAACCAGUAUCAGCCAGCCGUGCAAGGCCAAGUGGAACAGAUAGCCCCCGACCAAUAUCAGCCAGCUGUGAGCCAGUACCAGCCAGCCGUAAGCCAGUACCAACCAGCCGUAAGCCAGUACCAGCCAGCCGUAAGCCAGUACCAGCCAGCCGUGCAAGGCCAAGUAGAACAGAUAGCGCCAACCCAAUACCAGCCACCCGUCAGCCAGUACCAGCCAACCGUGCAAGGCCAAGUGGAGCAGAUAGUGCCACCCCAAUACCAGCCAGCCGUGAGCCAAUACCAGCCGAUCGCGCAGCCGCAGCCGUACCCCCAAUUCCAAGCCCAGCCGGUAAUAUAUCAGCCACAGCCUAGCCAGGCCCACGCCCAAAACGCCCAAGCGAGCCCGCAAACGGAAGACACCGAGAAUGACGAGCAACAACCGCAGUACGUCUACCAGCAGCCCCAAUACUACCAGCCGCAAGAGGUCUACCAGCCACAGUACCAACCGCAAAUCCCAGCCAGCCAGUUUUACGCGCAGCCCCAAGGCCAGGGUCAGAUCUAUCCCCAGGACUUGAACCGCUACCAAGGCCAGGCCGACCAGCUCGACGCGCAGGCGAUCGUCCAGGGGCAAGACGCGAUCCAGAGCGGCCUCGACAUCAACCAAGAGGGCAACGGCCUCGACCAGCCCGAGGACCCAGAGGACAGCUCUGAGCAGGACGUCCCCAAGGCCACAGCCGUCGCGACCGCCUUCGGUGCAAGGACACAGCCGCGCUCGUUUUCCCAAUAUGGCGCCCCCGCACCAAGCCCACGUGACCAGGCCGGCCGCGGCUACCGGACGACAACCGAAUCCACUGCCGAGGAGACAACAGAAGACGCUCCGGCCGUAGCUCAAGCCACCGCCGUUGCAACGCCAUCUAGGAGUAGAAGUGCAAAGCUCAGGAGUCGUCGCCCAAGCCCUCUCUUCACGGUUGAUAGGUCUGGACAUCUGGUACUCGCUCGGGAACAA